AUGAGUAUGGAGAUAGAUACCUACCAGAAAGAAAGUGAUGAUCAGUAUGUUGAUUGGAAAGGAAGAAAGGCAAAUCCUAAAAUCCAUGGUGGAAUUAGAGCUGCUGCCUUUGCAUGUGUUGUUGAGGUCUUUACCAACAUGGUUUUCUUAUGCAAUGCCAGUAACUUUGUCACAUACUUCACAAAGUCAAUGCAUUAUCCACCUGCUAAAUCAGCAAAUAUGGUCACCAAUUUCAUGGGAACCUCUUUUCUGCUCACCAUCAUGGGAGGCUUUAUCAGUGACUCACUCUUCACUAGAUUCACAACCUUCAUUCUUUCCUGCAUAAUUGAGUUGCUGGGACUAAUCUUGCUGACAAUCCAAUCUCAAAGCAGAAGGUUACGGCCGGCGUUGAAGUUAAAGCCUUCUCAGUCUCAAGCAGCAAUUCUGUACACUGGCCUUUACGCCAUUGCUGCUGGUGCUGCUGGACUCAAUGCCAACUUACCUGCACAUGGUGCUGAUCAGCUUGAUCACAGCAAUCAGAGACAGAUCUCUGCCUUCUUCAAUUGGUUUUUCUUUUCCGUAUGCACUGGUGGACUCAUUAGCUCAACUGUCAUGGUUUGGGUGGAAGAGAACAAAGGCUGGAAUUGGAGCUUUCCCAUAACAGUUAUAGUUUUGAGUUUGGCGCUUCUUAUCUUCAUCAGUGGAAGUCCAUUUUAUAGGCACAAACGACCCACUGGGAGCUCAUUAACAAGGAUCAUCAAGGUACUUACUUCUGCUGCUCAAAACUGGAAAGCCUCGCCAGAUGAGAGAUUGGGGAACCAGUAUGCAGUAGCUGCACUCAACCUGAACAGAGCGGAUGGAGAUCACAAGUUUAAAUUCCUGGACAAAGCAUUAAUAGACAACAGAGUCAAUGCAGCUGAAAUUAAGGAAACAAGAACUUUUCUUGCCCUUUUACCUAUAUUUGCAAGCACAAUCAUGAUGAACUGUUGCCUAGCUCAACUUCAAACAUUCUCCGUGGUACAAGGGAGCAUAAUGAAUAGGAAACUACAUAACUUUGAAAUUCCGACUCCAUCAUUAACAGUAAUCCCUCUUAUCAUCAUGCUAUCCUCCAUUCCCUUAUACGAACGAUUACAUUCUGGAAAAAACGUAAUUUUCAAACCACUCUGGAGGAUCGGACUGGGGCUAGCACUAGCAUCAGGCUCAAUGGCCGCAGCUGCUCUAGUCGAAGCUAAGAGGCGUGCAGAGGCUGCUGACAGCAAUGUGAUAUCGGUAUUUUGGCUCGGGUGGCAAUUCCUGUUGCUAGGAGUGUCUGAUAUGCUCACUCUUGGAGGAAUGCUCGAGUUCUUUUACUCCGAGGCACCCAAUAGCAUGAGAAGCAUGUGCAUUGCUUUGUCAUGGUGCUCAACAUCAAUGGGUUACUUCUUGAGCUCAGUGCUGGUGUCCAUAGUAAAUUCAGUUAGUGGAAAAUAUGGGAAAGAGUGGCUUGGAGGGAUGAAUUUGAAUCAUGGGCGCUUGGAUCUGUUUUACACACUUCUUAGCAUUCUCAACUCCCUGAAUUUUCUCAACUACAUGUAUUGGGCAAAGAGGUAUUAG